AUGGCCAAGUCCAAGGCCAAAAAGAAGGCAAACGCUCACGGGCAAACUGCUGCUUCCGUCCCCACCGGAGCCUCCGUUGGUGGGAAAUCUAACACCAAGGUGACCAAGCUCUCAAAGAAGCAAAAGAAGAGAGCCGCUGCCGCCGCCGCCGCCGCUGUCAUGCCUUCGCAAAUGCAGGCCAACUCUUCUACCAAACCCCAGGGGCCAUACUCCCAAGACUCGGGGCUCUCAAAUUCCGUUCAGCCCUACCCAGAUUCAGCAUGGAACAAUGGCAAGCUACCCUUGGGCAUGGGAGGGAUGGGCUUCCAUCAGACCGGGUUUCCGGCGAACGCCUCCAUCCCAUUCCCAGGACUCAACCCGCCGAUGGGCAACUUUGGGACUUUUGGUUUCAACCCACUAGCACCUUCUUUUUCACAGCAACCUUCUCCAGGACCUACUCAGGGCCGCAUGGAAGAGAAGGCUCGCGGCCACGGGGGUUCACAUCAGGCGCCCACUUCAACAAGAAAGUUCAGGAAACAGGGCAAAAAUGGGAGGCACGAUCAGAAGAUAACUCACGCCCCCUCGGCCGAAUCUGGUGGUAUCCCAAAUCCCACUCCAGAAUACCUAAAGCUGGCUUCCGAGCCGCCAGCCCGCCUCGAAAGCCCCAAGCCGAUACUGAUCGUUCUGGACCUGAACGGCACCCUCCUCCACCGCCCUACCAAGAACCCCAGGGCCUUCGUCGCCCGACCGCACGCCCUGACGUUCAUCAACUAUCUCCUCUCGCGCUUUUGGGUGGCCGUCUGGUCCUCGGCCCAACCGGCCAACGUCGGCGCCAUGAUCGACAACCUGAUCGAGGACAAGGCGCAGAGGGACCGCCUCGUCGCCAUCUGGGGCAGGGACAGGUUCGGUCUGAGCAGACACGACUAUACCCAGCGCGUCCAGGUCUACAAGCGCCUCACCAGGCUGUGGGUGGACCCAGAGGUCGCGGCCUCUCAUCCCGGCGUCGCCCGGGGUGAGCGCUGGGAUCAGUCCAACACUGUCCUCGUGGACGACUCGACCGAGAAGGCCCGUAGCGAGCCGCACAACCUCGUCCGCGUGCCCGAGUUUGUUGGCAACCUUUACGAGACCCCCCAAGUUUUACCUCAGGUUCACGAUUACCUCAACGAGCUCAGCUUCCAGGCGAAUGUCAGUAGCUACAUUCGCGCAACACCUUUUGUCAUGCAAUAA